AUGGACUCGCUCCAUUUCAAAGUCGAGCAACUUAAAUCCUUAUGGGCUGAAUAUAGAAUAGCUAACCAAGGUUUUGGCACGGAUUAUGGUGAUCAGUCCGAGUGGGCACGAAAGAAACUGAGUACCAUACUAACAGAAUUUGACAAACUCAUUCAAGAACAAGUAGUCUGGAAGUUAGCAGUUGCUUCUGAGAUUGAAGACUUAUUCGCUGAAAUAGAGGUGCAGUGUCGAUUAUUUGGACGACAAAUAGAUAAUGUUCUAGAGGAUCUGACAGGUCCUGCUCUUCCAACUAAUAACACAACACGCGAUUACUUGAAGAGGAUUCGCGAUAGUUUAAAUGAAGAAAUCACGACUACACGCGAGAAUAUAAAUAAAUGGAUAGAUGGCGUCACAUUAUUCGCCAAAGAAUUACAAACUGAUGUUGUUGUUCCACCAAAAGAAAUAUUUGAGAAUGAUCUGAGUGCUUCGGUUAUUCAACCUGUUUGGUAUAAAUACGACUAUUUAUAUCAGAUAGCGAGCGUACGACGGAAUUCAUUUGAAGACAAUACAUCACAACUACACUUUUACUUUGACAAAUUAAAACUUGAACCUUCUGAUGACACCGAAAAGGCAUUAAUACAAUUAUUCUUGGAUAAAGCAACUCCCAAAGAUAUAAACGAGAUACUCGCCGAAAUACAAAAUUAUUAUAAUCUAAAAAAGAGUUCUGAAUCCCCCAAUGAUACUGAUAUUAAUAAUGUUUACGACGAUGACGAGGAAGGUACAAUCAAAUCAAGCAUACCGUACGAGAGAUCGCUACCUCCGUCUCGGGAUUACGUAUAUUAUAGUUCGGAAUUACCGGAUGGUCUAAAUUUAACAGAGGAACAACUGACGUCCCUAAAGCAGAAGCUAGUUGUUUUUGAAAAGGAAUAUAUUGAACGAAAAGAAAGACGCGAUAAAAUUGAAAAGGAGGUUACGCGUCUCUGGGAUGAAUUGAAAAUGCCUGAAAACGAGAAACAAGUCACGUUGAAGGAUACUCUCGAGGAAAAAUACUUGGAUCAGCUAUCAGAAGAACAUGAACGGCUUCGUGAGAUUAUGCGCGUAAUCAUCCAGAAAGCUAUUGACGAAUAUACUAUACAAUUGGGUGAGCUCUGGGAUAAAUGUCUCGUUCCGCAAAAUGAACGGGAUGAAUUCUUUAUCGCCCUUCGAGAAAUAUCAUCAGCCGAAGAAGUGUAUGAACGUUUAGCUCAGGAGGUUGAUCGUCUUCAAGAAUUGUAUCUCAAAUGUGCUUCUAUAUAUCGAUUAAUGUUGGAACGUCGCGCAUUGAUCGAAAAAAUGAUAGAAUUCGAGAAAAAAGCUUCAGAUCCAAAUCGAUUAUUCCAAAGUUCUUUCCGAUUAUUGGAAGAAGAAAAAUGGAGAAAGACAUGUUGGCCCAAUUUGGUUAAAAUCGAAGAAAGUUUGAUCAAAGCCUGUCUCGAAUAUGAAGAAAAUGAGCGAAAACCUUUUAUGCACGAAAGUGUACGCUAUCUCGAUACUCUGCAAAAUGAAAUCAGUGAACGUAUCGUGAAUCAAAUGUUCUUUGGCUUUGAACAAAGUGCAAAUAAGGGCGCAAAACCAAAUGGUUCUUCAGAAACACCAAGAGCUUCAAGAAGAGAUAGUUCUGCGGCUUCACGACCAGGUUCGCCAACAUCUCGAUCUUCAAGAGCGCCAAGUCGACGAACAAGCAUGUAUUUCAAUAAUAAUGGAAGUACAACAAGUCGACCUGCAAGUCGGGCCGUCUCACCCAAUCGGCGCACAAAUACUCUUGAUACAAGUCGACCUGUUAGCCGACCGGUCAGUCGGCAAGUUUCUCCUUCACGACUUUCUAAACGCCGAUCUACCGCAUUUUUGGGUGUGGAAGCUGCAUCUAGAAGUCGACCUGUUAGCCGAGCAGCUUCACCGUCGCCAAAUAGUAAAGCACCAAGUCGAAGAUCAAGUGUGUAUUUCGAUAAAUCCUCUAACGAUAAAACAGUUUCUUCAACAUCAAUAUCACGCGCAGCAUCACCUAACAGAAUAAAGCGACGCAGCAGUUUAUAUCUUGAUAGUAAUGCAGAGACGUCCGAGAAGGAGAAAACAGGUCAUUCACGGAAAUCGUCUGCAUCAAUAACUGCUGAAUCAGCGGCAUCAUUGAGCGCCGAUUCAUCAUCAGCAUCUACUACAACAUCACAGCCAAAGAGAAGUAACAGUUUGUCGAGUAAUUCAAGUUCUUCAUCUUUAUCUUCUGUUGCAACUCCUUCAACACCUGAACCGCAUGUUGUAAAUGGAAGGUUAGCUGUCUCACCAUCACCACAGUCGAAGAGUAAAUUAUCAAACAAUCAAUCUAAAGAUUCCAAAACUGAUGAAGUAACUGAUAAUGGUGCUAAUAAAUCAAAUAUAAAGAUUACACGUGGGAUUCCACGUCCCGCAGCUCCAACUAGAACUCCGUCCGCUCCAGUUAAAAUAACACCACCGCCACGUAACCCUGCACGAAAUGCAACUGUUAAUCUAAAACAGGAUUUAACAGAAACAAACGCAACUAUAAGGAAAAGACCAUCAGUAAACGGUCUUCGCCCUAGACCAUUGAGUAUCGCAUCAAGCACCACUUCAAAGAAAGCACCAGUCAGUAAUAAGAGAAUGUCUGUUAUACUUGAUGGUGGGAGAUAA